AUGGCACUCUCAGUCCUAGCCAAACGGAGUUUCAACGGUUCCUGCCAUUGCGGGUUCAUCCAGUAUACUGCAGCGUUCCCGCCCACGGACUUGCCGGUGGCCUCAAAAUGCAACUGCACCAUCUGCCUAAAGCAAGGUUACACGGCGAUAAGAAUCUCGCCCGAAGACUUUGAACUGAUUAGCCCGAGCUCCAAGUCCCAGAUCAAGAACUACCAGAUGAAAUCAAAGGAUAUCAACAAAUACUUCUGUGACAAGUGCGGGAUCCACUGCUGGAGUGACGGGAAAUAUGAGUAUCAGGGCGAGAACCACGAGUUCUUCACCAUCAAUAUCUUGACCCUGGAUCAGCCUCAGCCUGGAUUGGACGUGAGCAAGUUUAAGAUUGUGUACACAGACGGGAGGAAUGACGCUUUCGAGAUGAGAGAUCAGCCAUUCCUGGGCGGUAUGCUUUGA